CAGUAGCAGAGAAGUAUCUUGCAAAGGGUCUCUGGGUGCUAAGGGGAUGGGACGCCGGGUCGAUUGACGGUGUACACCCGCCAGGGCGCCGGAAGUGUCUCCAAGAGCUAGGAGGCCUUGACCCCUUCUGCAGAGAAAGAUGCUGCUGCCACCUGUCUGUUCCUCCUGAACCUCCAGGUUUUUCUACCACAUUGCCCCAUGGAGGACAUGCCCCUCUCGUUCAGUUGCUCUGACUGCCAGCGUCACUUUCCUAGCCUCCCAGAACUUUCACGACAUCGAGAACUGCUCCAUCCAUCUGCUAACUGGGACGGUGAGGAAGCUGGCAGUGUCCCUUACCCCUCUCCAAGUCAGCAGUGUGGGCGUGACUACGGUCACCCAGGGAGCUCGGUCAACCACCAGCGGAACCACGAGACUGGUCUUUUCCCCUGUACCACCUGUGGCAAGGAUUUUACUAAUUCCUUGGCCCUCCAGAGCCACAUGAGGACUCAUGCUCCUGAGGGCCACCAAAGGCACAGGCCCCCACAUGCCAAGGACACUGCUUCACAUCGUCAGAGUGAGACAAUGUCUACUGAAUCCUGGGGUCAGAGGCUUGGUUCUAGGGAAGGCUGGGAAAAUCAGACAAGGCAUGUACAAGAGACACAUGAAUGUGAAUCUGGAUCUGAUCCCAGGGCAGCUCCAGGUACUUGGGAAGAUCCACCUACCAAACAAAGAGAAGGCUUAGAAAUCCAGCCAGAUCCUAAAGAAAGUGCAGAGGACUGGGUACCCACCACCAAUUCUGAUGGGGCUCCACCACUCGCCACUCCAGCUAGCAACCUCCUCAGCAAUUUGGAACAGUAUUUGGCUGAAUCAGUAGUGAACUUCACAGGGGGCCAGGAGUCCACCGAGCCUCUUCCUGCUGAGGAGCAGCGAAGGUACAAGUGUAAUCAAUGUGGGAAGACCUACAAGCAUGCUGGAAGCCUCACCAACCACCGCCAGAGCCACACUCUGGGCAUCUACCCCUGCGCCAUCUGUUUUAAGGAGUUUUCUAACCUCAUGGCUCUGAAAAACCACUCACGACUCCAUGCUCAGUAUCGUCCUUACCAUUGUCCCCACUGCCCCCGUGCCUUCCGGCUCCCUCGGGAUCUGCUAGAACAUCAGCAGUCCCAUGAGGGGGAAAAGCAGGAACAGCCAUGGGAAGAGGGCGAGAGGCCCACCACAAAUGGACGUAUGAAUGGGAGGAGCUGGAAUCAGCCACCUAAAACACAGAUGCUGAAUGGUUCUGGGGAACUCGGCACGUCGGGGCAGCUAGAGGAUGGUAGCUCAGAGGAGUACCGGCCUUUCUGUUGUGGGGACUGUGGUCGUACUUACCGUCAUGCUGGUAGUCUCAUCAACCAUCGAAAGAGCCACCAAACAGGUAUCUACCCCUGCUCAGUUUGUUCCAAGCAGCUAUUCAAUGCAGCUGCUCUGAAAAACCAUGUUCGUGCUCAUCAUAGGCCCCGGCAAGGAGCUGGGGAAGAUGGCCAGUCAUCAGUGUCCUCAACUGCCCUUAUGCUGGCUGAGACUACCCAAAAAGAGGAAGAGGUCCCUGACAGCAGCCUGGACCAUCGUCCCUAUAAGUGCAAUGAGUGUGGUCGGGCUUACCGCCACAGGGGGAGCCUGGUGAACCACCGCCACAGCCAUCGGACAGGAGAAUACCAGUGCUCACUCUGUCCUCGAAAAUACCCCAACCUUAUGGCUCUGCGCAACCAUGUGCGCAUCCAUUGCAAAGCUCCACGCCGAAAUACAGACCCUGGGACUGAGGGGUCCCCUAGCCCUGUCAAGAAGGAACAACCUGACCCAGUGGAAACAGAAGCAGCGAUCCACACAGAUCAGGGGCAUGUAUACAGACAUGAAGAAGAGGCCACAGGUAUCCCUGCAACAGCAGAUAGGACGGCACCACAGACAUGUAACAUUUGUGGGAUGUUCUUUGAAGAUCUCAAGAGUCUUGAACAUCAUGGCACGACGCACAGGGCAGGGGACGGAGGAAAGAGCAAGACAGACGGCACAGUGUCACCACCGAGAGCAUUUGCUUGUCGAGACUGUGGGAAGAGCUAUCGCCACUCAGGCAGCCUUAUCAACCACAGGCAGACCCACCAGACGGGAGACUUCAGCUGUGGGGCCUGUGCCAAGCAUUUCCAUACGAUGGCUGCCAUGAAGAGCCAUUUACGACGUCAUAGUCGGCAGUGGAACAGGAGGCAUCAGAAACAAGAUAGUACUGGUGGAGAAAAGUCCAAACUGCCGUCUGCGGGUACCUGGACCAAGAAGUUGGAAAAUGACGAGGACCUGGAUUCUUCACAAGACCCUUUGGGAGAAAGUCCUUGUGGGACUGAAGACCACCUGGAAAGGGAUGGGGACUCUUUGCAGGCAGGGUCUAAAGGCGGCGAAUAUGGGCUUGGAAGGGAUGAGGCCUGUUUCCUGGGUGAUAAAGAGGAUGCUGGCACUGAGGAAGGACUAGAGAAGAAAGAGGCCUGUUUCCUUGACCACUUGGACAUCCCAGGUGAUGAGAACGGCGAGACUGGCUUCUGUGAUCGCCUCCUUGGAGGGGACAGUGACCAGAAGCCGGGCAUUUGCCCGGCCAACUCCCCCGACUCUGCUGACACUGUCUGGAAAGCCGAAGCCACUCACACGUGUUCUGACUGUGGGGACUCUUUCCCCCAUGCUGCCGGUCUGCUGAGCCACAGGUCCUGCCACCCUCCAGGCAUCUAUCAGUGCUCUCUCUGUCCAAAGGAGUUUGAUUCUCUGCCUGCCCUGCGUAGUCACUUCCAGAACCACAGGCCAGGGGAGGUGGCCUCAACACGGCCCUUCCUCUGCUGUCUGUGCGGUAUGAUCUUUCCGGGGAGGACUGGCUACAGGCGUCACCUGCGCCAGGCUCAUGGUGCUUCUGGCAUAGCUGAGGGCUCAGAAGAGGAGGAGGAGGAAGGCACAGCAGAAGCAGCCUCUACCCACAAUCCUCCCCUACAGCUCUCAGAAGCAGAGCUGCUGAAUCAGCUACAGCGGGAAGUGGAAGCUCUAGAUGGAGCAGGUUAUGGGCACAUUUGUGGCUGCUGUGGUCAGACCUAUGAUGACCUGGGGAGCCUGGAGCGUCACCACCAGAGUCAAAGUUCCAGCAAUACGACUGAGAAUGUUCCUAGCCACUUGGAAGGAUCAGGUGAUGUGAUAGAAAUGGUUACAGAUCAUGUCUUUGAGGGCGCAGUGACCUCUGUCUCAGAAGAGGCGGGGGACACAAAGUCUGAGGAGGGCGUAGGUAGCACAGCUGCAGACAGCCUUUGCAUGCAGGCUGGUGAAAGCUUUCUGAAGUCCCACCCCCGCCCUUUCCGAUGUAACCAGUGUGGCAAGACCUAUCGCCAUGGAGGCAGCUUGGUGAACCACCGAAAGAUCCACCAGACAGGUGACUUCAUCUGCCCUGUCUGUUCCCGCUGCUACCCCAACCUGGCUGCCUACCGGAAUCAUCUGCGGAACCACCCUCGCUGCAAAGGUUCAGAGCCCCAAGUGGGGUCUAUCUCAGAAGCACGAGGCAGCAACGAACCCCAGAAUGUGGCAGAGACAGGGCAGGAGCAGGCAGUCGUAGGGCAGCUCCAGGAAGAACUUAAAGUGGAGCCCUUGGAGGAGCUGGCAAGGGUGAAAGAAGAAGUGUGGGAGGAGACCACUGUGAAGGAGGAGGAGCUGGAGCAGCGGCUGGAGACGGCAGAGAAAGGCUGUCAAACUGAAGUUAGCUCCGAGCGGCCCUUUAGCUGUGAAGUAUGUGGCCGUACCUACAAGCAUGCCGGCAGCCUCAUCAAUCACCGGCAGAGCCACCAGACUGGCCACUUCGGCUGCCAGGCCUGCUCCAAGGGCUUUUCAAACCUCAUGUCCCUUAAGAACCACCGGCGCAUCCAUGCAGACCCUCGACGUUUCCGCUGCAGUGAAUGUGGGAAAGCUUUUCGCCUGCGGAAGCAGCUGGCCAACCACCAGCGGGUCCACACUGAGCGACGGAGGGGCAGGGGCGCUCAGAAGCUGAGUUGUGAGGAUCGGCCUUUCAGGUGUGGGCAGUGCGGCCGGAACUACCGCCAUGCUAGCAGCCUCCUGAACCAUCAGUGCAUCCAUGAGACAGGCCAGUACAGCUGCCCCUUCUGUUUUAAGACCUAUUCCAACCGCACAGCCCUGAAAGACCAUCAGAGGCUGCAUUCUGAUAGCCGGCGCCGGCGGCCACCCCGGAGGGCAGCAGCCGUGCGUUGUACCCUUUGUGGCUGUGGCUUUCCUGGCCAGGGAUCUCUGAAGCGGCAUCUGCAGGAGCAUGAGGAGACCAAACUCGAGCUGGCCAGUGGCCAGGAAGGCCCACAUGGUACCGAAGGCAGUAAGGAGAACCUUGCUGAUGACUGGGGACUGGAGGGCAGAUCAGAAGGUAUUCAGUCUGUACUGCAGCUGGAGCGUGGAACCAAGAGACCUGGCGAGCACAAUCAGAGUCCCAGCAGGCCAGCACGUUCAGAGGUCCCAGAAUCUUUUUCUUGGGAAGUGGGGAAGGUAGAUGGGUAUCAAGGAGACAGGGGACAAAUGAAUCACAAUGGUGCCUGGGUUCUUCAGGAUCAGUUAACCCAGCCAGAAGGCAAGUUGGAAGGCACAGUCUCCAGGAAUCUUCAUCAGCUCCCCGAGAGCCAGUCCAAUGGUCCUACCGCAGGUUAUGUGGAUAGCUGGCAUGGUGGAGACAGCAGCUCUCAACUCCAACCAGAGAGCCACCCCUAUUGCUGCAGCCAGUGUGGAAAGACCUGCUGCCAACCUGAUGGCCUCUUGAACCCCAAGAAAGACUGUCACAGUUGUUUGCUCUGUCCCAAAGAGUUAUUGAAUCCUGUGACCACUAAGCUCCACAACCACAUUGCUGCCCAGACCUUUGCUUGUAGUAACUGUAGCAAAGUGUUUGAGACCCACAGUGAGCUGGCCACACACAUGCAGACUCAUGCUGUUGACCAUAGGCAGGUGUCAAGUCAGACAGACGACACCAGAGAUCCGCAAGCCGGGAUGGUAGAGGUGGAUGCCCCUGGUCCAGGGAAAGCUCAGGCCCCAUCCGAACCUCCCAGAGACCCAGAAGAGAAUGGGGAGCCAGCUAAUGGAGGACAAGGAACCAAUUUCACAGCAGCUGAAGACAAGGAACGUCCCUUUUGCUGUGCCCAGUGUGGGCGUUCCUACCGCCAUGCUGGCAGCCUGCUGAACCACCAAAAGGCCCAUACCACUGGACUCUACCCCUGCUCCCUGUGUCCCAAACUUCUGCCCAACCUACUCUCUCUCAAGAACCACAGCAGGACCCACACGGACCCCAAGCGCUACAGCUGCAACAUCUGUGGCAAGGCUUUCCGAACAGCUGCCCGGCUACAGGGCCAUGGACGGGUUCAUGCUCCCCAGGAGGGACCAUUCCCCUGCUCUCAUUGUCCCCGCCAUUUUCGCCACCGAAUCAGCUUCCUGCAGCACCAGCAGCAGCAGCACCAGGAGGAGUGGACAGUGUCCAGCUCAGGUGUGUGGGGAGCUUCAAUGGCACCAGCAACAAGCAGAGGGGACUCCUCUCCAGCCUCACGCCUCGACGCCUCGCCCCAGUGGCCUGCAGACCUCAACUUCUCCCUGUGAACUUCCAAGUCUCCAGAGAACAGUUCACUGAAGCAGGGAUGCAGGCAGGGAGAGGCUUCAUCUCCACAUUUGCUCAGGAGUUGCUUGGGCAUCCCCACCUCCUCUUCCCAUGAAGAGGACCCUGACCUGGUUUCUUUGGCAAGCAGGGCGUAAGGUAGUCUUAAUGUCUGUGUCCAUGAAGGGUCUCCUUUCUAAGCCUUGUCACCAUGUUCUUCCAGGGCCAGGCUCGGCCAGAAUGCUGGGCUAGCCAGGUUCUAACCCAGGGAGAGGCAGAUUCAGAGCGUGUACCACAGGUGGGAAAGUGGCCUGUGGAAGGGGAGCUUUUACUACAGUUUGUAACUUAUUUUCUAAAA